GGUGAGACAUUAAACCAAAAUUUUUAGUUACUCUAUUUUUUUUUAGUUGUAAGUAUUUAGUGCUCUAUCAUGGAUACAAAUUUUGAUGAAACUAAACCAAUCAGAAUUGAUCGUUUAAAAGUUGUAGGUUUAAAAAGAACUAAAGAUGAUAUUGUUAUAAAAGCUACUAAAUGCUUAUUUAAUUCUAAAACACUUGGCGAUGCCAUUUCUAAUAUUAAUGAAGCCAAAGCAAACCUUGCUAGACUGAAUUGUUUUAGUGAAAUAAAUGUUAAAUUAGAUGUGAAUUCUAUCAAUGACCAAGAAAGUUUCUUAGUUCAAUUUGAUAUAAAAGAAACAAACUGGAUUCAAGCAACAAUAAAGUUUGCAUCUGAUGUUUCUUAUGAAUUUAAUAACAAUCCAAAGAUUUCUUCUAAUUUUUCACUUACAAAUUUAUUCUGCCGUGGUGAAAAACUAGAUAUGUCUACAGACUUGUAUUCUGCAAAAAAAUUUUCUACUGGAAGUAUUACAUUUUCAAAACCAUUGAUUGCACCAUUGAAACCUAAUUUUCAUGCAUCAAUUUUCAAGAAUUAUUUAAACAAAAGCAAAUUUGGCUUUUUUCAAGAUGAGGCAGGAUUAAGUUCUGGGUUUAAUCUAGAGUAUAAUUCUCUCAAAUUAACAUUAGGAUGGGAAGGAGUUAUGAGGACAUUAGGACAAUCAGUUAGUCCACCUUUUGGAAUACGUGAACAACUUGGAUUAUCUUUGAAAUCAUCAUUAAAAAUGGUUUCAACAUAUGAUACACGUAAUAGUGAAAUAUUUCCUCUAAAUGGCACAUUGUUGCAGCACAUAGUUGAAGUUGCAGGUCUUGGAGGCAAUCAUGAAUUUAUUAAAAAUGAAGUUUUACUUCAAAAAAAUAUAAGAAGUUUUUUUGCCACCACUAUUACAGGAUCAUUAUCUUUUGGAGUUUUAGAAUCAAAUGGAAAAUCUAACAUUUUAGACAAUUUUUACUUAGGUGGUCCUUUGACUUUCAGAGGAUUUGAUGAUUAUGGUAUAGGUAAACAAUAUGAUGGAAGUGUUACUGGAGGCACUAUGUACUGGAGAUUAAACACUCAUUUUCAUGUUCCUCUACCAUUUUUAUCAGAAAAAAAUCAGUUAUCACAUUUUAUAAGAAUGCAUGUAUUCAUGAACUCUGGUAAUAUUGGAAAUCGACAAGGCACUCUGACUAAUGAUAUAAAAUCGUUAUUGAGAAACAUUCGUCUAUCAUUUGGCGCUGGUCUGGCAUUUCAUAUGAAUAAUAUGUUACGUUUUGAAUUAAAUUAUUGUCUACCGGUUUACUAUCAAAAUGGAGAUUCUAUUAUUUUAAAUAGAUGUCAGUGGGGUUUUGGUUUUUCUUAUCAAUAAAAACCAUAAAUUCUCUAUUAUUGUUAUUAGAUUGGUUUGUGUUAUUAUAGUUGUUGUGAGAACAAAGUAAUACUU